AGGAGAUGUUUCACCAGAUGGAAGGGCAGAAGGUGGAGCCGGAUGAGAUUUGUUUCAAUGAAAUUAUUCGGAUCCACGUCAAGCAAUCAGCUCCUGAGAAGGCCAAGAAUGUACUUGCCCAGAUGGCCCAGCGACACUUAACCCCAACGGUGGUGAACUUCAAUACUGUCAUGGAUGCUUGUGCCAAAGCGGGCGAACCACUCUUGGCCAAGGAGGUUCUGGCUGAAAUGCAGGCAACGAGCAGCCACUGCCCAGAUGUUUACUCUUACUCGGCUUUGGCAGCAGCAUGGGCAAGAAAAGGGGAUGCUCUUGAGGCAUCAAGGGUUCUAGAUGAUAUGGCUGGCCAACGCUUGGUGCCGAACGAGCAUGUCUAUGGGGCGGUGAUCCAUGCAUGUAAUCGGAGCCGCGAUGCCAUUCGUGCGACGCAGAUUUUACAACGGAUGAGCGAAGAGAUGGUCAAACCCAACGUCGUGUGCUUCAGCUCUUGCAUCCUCACUUGUGCUAAGGUUAGGGAUGCAGCUGGAGCAGAAGCUCUCUUCAGCGCAAUGCCUGCAAGGAGAGUGGAGCCCAAUGCCUUUAGCUAUGCUGCAGUAGUACAUGCCCACUGUGCAGCUGGUGACAUUGAAACUGCCUGGCAACGUCUUCGCAACAUGCGCCAUGCUGGUUUUGACAUCACUGUCUCCACCAUGAGACCGUUUCUGAAGGCUGGCAUGCAUGCCGGGCCAGAGGUCAUGAGAUGGGUGUUCGAGGCGAUGUUACAAAACAAUCUUCCAUUUGACGAUGAGUUCCGCGAAGGUGUGAUGUCAGUGAUAGGUGUUGAGGCCGCUUAUGCCUUGCUCCGCAGCUAUGGUCGAAUUUGAGGCCGCAGCGACCGCCCGCCAUCGCAGUUGCAAGUCUUCCAUACAGAUGUUGGUUGAUGAAAGCUUAAGACACAAUGAUAUUCAUCAUCACAGAUGUCAGACCCCAAGAGUCCGACAUUCAGAGAUCAUGGCUGUGUCUUGAAGCAAGUGGCCCAGCUGCAAACGCAACACGCUGCAUGCACAGGCUGGCCGUGGUGCUUGGCAAGAAAAUCAUGGAUCGAGCUGGCUGCUAGCUUUAGGGAUUGUAGAAUCUACAGUCGUAAAGAAUAACAAUUGAUUCAGUCCUAAAAGAAGUUAAAGGUUAAAGCACAUUUAUUUGAUCAUCCACCAGGAUUGCUUUUGUGCAGCCGCCCAGUGUUCAGUCCCAACUCCACCGCCUGCCCCCACUUGGCGACCAUGGCCCGUUCUUUGAGCUUUCUCCCUGUGGCGCUGCUGGCACUGGGCGCUUGGAUGUUGAGCUCCUUGAUGCCCAGCCAAAGCGGCUUUGUGAACUCAGCCACCCCCAGGGCUGGGAGCAAGAUGGCCAUGCGGGGCUUCAAGGAUGACUUCUAUGCCUGGAA